CUUUCGCUCCCCAUCAUCAUCCAUCACCUAACAACACCCACCAAAAAUUCUUUCACUAACGAGCUUCGCGCGUCCUCGUCAUCCUGCGCCUUUUUUCGCAUACUCCUUUUUUACGGCGAUAGAACGAUUUAGCGACAGGAACUGCUGCUGCUGGUAUCGGCAGCUGCUGAUUAUCUCAUCUCCCUUGUUUCCCUUUUCUCCUCCCCUGACGGCCGCCGCCUUUGUGCCUCGUGCGGCGUGCCCCACCCGACUUCUGGCGAUUCAGACCGCAUCAACGUCAUUUCAACCUCACUCCCGUUAAUCAACACAUCAAUAACCGACUCGACACCGCUGAGCCAUGGAUACCAAUAUGGAGGAUGUUGGGCGAGCGCCCGCUGAAGCUUCACCCGUGCUCAACUUUGAGCCUACUACGAUCCCCACCCUCGACGGUUGGAUCGAGAGCUUGAUGUCUUGCAAGCAGCUGGCCGAAGCUGACGUUCAGAGACUGUGCGAUAAGGCACGAGAAGUUCUACAGGAGGAGUCGAACGUGCAGCCAGUGAAAUGCCCCGUUACCGUCUGUGGUGAUAUCCACGGUCAAUUCCACGACUUGAUGGAGCUCUUCAAGAUUGGCGGUCCUAACCCCGAUACCAACUACCUAUUCAUGGGUGACUACGUUGACCGAGGCUACUACUCUGUUGAGACCGUCACCCUUCUUGUCGCCCUCAAGAUCCGAUACCCUCAACGAAUCACAAUCCUCCGAGGAAACCACGAGUCCCGUCAGAUCACUCAGGUCUACGGCUUCUACGACGAAUGCCUCCGUAAAUAUGGAAACGCUAAUGUCUGGAAGUAUUUUACCGACCUCUUUGACUACCUCCCCCUCACUGCCCUGAUCGACAACCAAAUCUUCUGUCUUCAUGGCGGCCUCUCCCCGAGCAUUGAUACUCUGGAUAACAUCCGAGCUCUUGAUCGUAUUCAGGAGGUUCCUCACGAGGGUCCCAUGUGUGAUCUUCUCUGGUCAGACCCUGACGACCGAUGCGGCUGGGGCAUCUCUCCUCGAGGUGCGGGGUACACAUUCGGACAGGACAUUUCAGAAGCUUUCAACCACAACAAUGGCUUGACCUUGAUUGCUCGCGCCCAUCAGCUUGUUAUGGAAGGUUACAACUGGUCUCAAGACCGAAAUGUUGUCACCAUUUUCUCAGCACCCAACUACUGCUACCGAUGCGGUAAUCAAGCUGCUAUCAUGGAGAUUGAUGAGCACCUGAAGUACACCUUGGACUCCCGACUACUUCCUCUAAUCUCGUCACGUAUACCCACGUUUUACCAAGCUCGAGUCAAAUGUCGAAGUGCCAUGCCUGGUGCAACCACGCCAGCCUUAAGUCCUUUGCAGCUUGACCGUGUACGAUUCCACGACGAAUUCUUCGAACGAAAACAGAACUUCAUGGAGCAUGUGUUGUACGGAUGUUACAUCUUUGCUAAUGGAGAGCUUCCGAAUAUUGCAAAGCGAUCGUAAUUUUGGAGGUACGUGCAGGGAAGGGUUGGUAGACUUGAUUGCGGCGCCCACCUCAUGGCUGCUUAGAUACGCAUAUUUGAGUUACGCGCUGUAAGAGAAAGAAACACGCAUGCAUGAUCAACACUUGUCUGUCUCUCCUUAUGAUAUGAGUAGUGAAGCGACU